AUGUCUCAGGAUUCCAGCAGUAUUACCGAUGAAAUAUCAAAUGGGAAAAAUAAACAGGAAGUUCGUUGCCGAUUUUGUAAUUCUCUAAUGCUAAAGGAACAAGAGGGUAGCUAUGAAAGUAAACCGUUCGAUCUGCCGCUGAUGCAUCAGAAAAAUACCAAAGAUAUCAAUACCAUAGAAUGCGAAUCGUUAAGUGACUACUGGAUCAUUAACGAUAUGUUUACAUUCGAAAAUAUCGGCUUCUCGAAUACAGUGGAUAAGAGGAAAUUUCUGAUAUGUGCCGAUUGUGAUAUGGGUCCGGUGGGCUAUCAUGAUAUCGAUACGAAAAAAUGUUAUUUGGCAUUGAAGCGAGUGCAUCAUGGCAAGGAACCGGCGGCAAAGGCUGUAACCAAUAAUUCAUAGAUAAUA